AUGUAUAUUUCAAAUCAUAUUUUUUCUUUAUUUUUAAUUUUUUUAAUAUUAUUGGCAAUAAUUGGACAAUCAAAAGAACAAAAUACAAUAUCAUCAUGUGUUGAUUCAGAUUUAAAAUGUUCAUUAUGGGCUAGUCAAGGGGAAUGUCAAAGUAAUGCAAUGUGGAUGAUGGCAAAUUGUAGAAGAUCAUGUCAAAGUUGUCAAGGUGGUGAUCGUGCAUGGAAAUUACGUCAAUUUUUGGGACAAACAUAUACAAAUUCAUCAUCAAAUUCUACAAAAAUUGUUAAUGUUGAAAGUAUUCGCCUUAAUCAUGUUGAGAUGGAUGAAAUUAAACAGAUGGUUAAAGUUUUUGGACGUAUGGUUUUUAGUUGGAAUGAUUCUAAAGUUUCAUGGGAUAAAGACCAAUGGGGAAUAUCAUGGUUAAAUUUUUACUGGGUACAAAUAUUUACACCACAACUUGUACAAAUAAAUGGUCCAGUUAACAAUCCUGGAACAAUUACAUCAAAAGUUCUUGCCGCAAAUUACACAGGACAAGUAUAUAUGUGGACAGAUUUCAAUUUUGCUGUUCCAUAUAAUUUUGUUUAUACUGAAUACCCAAAUGACUAUCAAAAAGUAUGCUUUAAAUUUGAUGACAAAAGAUAUUUUUCUGUCAGAUUUACAGUAUCACCAGAAUUAAGUAAUAAAAAACAUGCUGAGUUAUCAGAAGUUCAUAUAUCUGGAUGGACAAUUGAAAAUUUAUCAGUUACAGAUUCAAAAUAUGUUAUUUCUAUUUUAGGUGACUGGAAAAGGGAUCCAUUUGAUAUUGAAACAAAUAAUUGUGAAUUAUGUAUUGGUUUAAGAAGAAAUGCUGUAUAUUAUUAUACUGAAAUUAUGUUACCAGCAUUAGUUACAACAUUAUUAUCAGUAUCAUCUGUUUUGUUUCAAUUAUCAUAUACACAAAAUGGUAUACUUGCAUUUUCAAUUUUAUCGCAAAUACUUUCGUUGGUACUUCUUAACACUAGAAUGCCAACAUAUACUUCAACAACACCACAAAUAGUAAUUUAUGCUGGUUUUAAUCUUUCCGCAACGUCAAUUCUUUUUAUUAGUAGUUUAUUAUUAAGAAAACUUUCUCUUUCAGCAAACCGUAUACCACCACCUCAUCAAUUAAUAAUUAUAUGCAAUUUAAUUGAUAGAAUUAUUUCAAUAAAUGGAAAAGAAGCCGAGUCAUCAUCUAAUAGUGAAUACUCAAGAAUAGCACAUUCGUUAAAUAUAUUACUUUAUGCCAUCGCAACAUUUGCAUAUAUUAUUGCAAUAACAGCAGUUUUUAUCAUUUAG